UUUGUAAACGAAGAGUGAAGUGGUUGCAGAAAAUGUUUGUUACGUUUGAUAAUUAACCCUAUUUCUACUAAGGGUUUAAAUUUAAACGGAAAUUUAAAAAAUAAUAGCAAAUCUAGUCUGUUUUGAUUUAUAAUGGCAUGGUUCGGUGAAGGAUUCUCUUCGUUAAAAGGACAAAUAACAAAUUUUACUAAGGAAAUUGUUGCUACGAACGUAAUAGGGUUAAAUUCUCAUGAUACGCCUGAUAAUGAAGAUAAUUCAUCACAAAACGAGAAAGAACAAUUUCCUGUGAAUAAAAACGAAGUUUCUGCAAAUAAUACUCAUGAAGAAGAGAUAGCCAAACUGAGAGAGGACAACGCCAGGCUGCGCAAGCUUCUGUCCAGACAGACACCACGAGACAGGCGUACCUCUGAGGAGGCCACUCUAGAGUGCGAGGAAGUUUCAGGGAGCUCACCUCUACCUCUUGUGCCUCUAGAUGAGGCUGGCACAGACUCAUUCCUCGGACAAGAACAAGUACCAAAAGAUGUCAAAGCCGAGGAAGAGAUUUCUGCCCUGCGAAGUCGUCUCAGGAAAACAUUCCAGGAGAAAGUUUUGAUGGAACAGAGUUGUUCGCGCUUGGAAAAAGAAGUGGCUCUUCUGACCCAGCAGGUGACAGAGGACAGGCAACAGGCGCAGGCUCAUGCUGAUGUGGAAGCCAGGCGUACUGCAGGAUCUGCUCUUAAACACUGCCACCAAGGCAUCCAGACAGAUGAUACCCUCGCACGUCAGCCCUCUGGCUCUGCAGACAUGGCUCUGCUGUGCCAGGAGAAUGAUCGGCUCAAACAAGAAAGGGCUCAGCUGAGGGCAGAGUUAGCUCGGAUGUCCCGGGCUGUGCAGGACCUGGAGUCACAAGUGGCUGUCAGUCAGGAUGAGAACGCAAACCUGUCCACAGGCAUGGAGGAGCUGGAUAUACAACACCAAGAGGCUAUAGAACAAAUCAUGGUUCUAAAAGAUGCAACCCAGAAACGUUAUGAAAAUUUACUGGCAGAAUUUGAAGAAAUGAAAUUGAAGUAUGAAGAAACAGUUAGAUUGGCUGAAGAAAAGGAAGAAAAUAAAAACGUGGCACAUUGUGAAUCCCAAACAAGUACAGAAGUAUCAGCUGAGGUUAAAUCUAAAAUACUGAUUGACUUAUCAGAAGAAAUUAAAAACAUGAUAACAACUGAUAUACCAGAUAAGUAUUAUGAAAAUGGGAAGAGCAAUGCAAGUGGACUUGAGACUGUUGCUGCUAUUGAAAAAAUGCUCUCACAUACCAUGACACGAGUGGAAUCUAGUGAAAGUAAAAUUAGAGAUUUACUGAAGGAGCUUCGAUGUAAAGACGAUGAAGUGCAAGAAAUUGAGGAGGAGAAUAAGACACUACGUAUUAAAAUUGAAGAGUUAAAAGAACAAUGUGAUAAUUUACCUACAAUUGCUGAAAAUAAUGAAGAUGUAGAAGUUUUUGAAGGUAAAAUAAUUGCUCUAGAAAAUGAAGUGAGCGUUCUCCGCGAAGUACGUUCAAAUUUGGAAGUUGAGCAUGGCAAUUCAAGAACUGAAAUCGAAUCAUUAAUCAGGCAAUUACAGUCUGCUGAAGCGAUGAGCAGAAAUCACGACAAUCUACAAACUGAGAUUUUGAAGUUUAAAGAAAACGAACAGGAAUUGCUGAAAAAGUUAAAUGAUGCAGAGCGGUCUAGAGAGGAAUUGUUGUCGGAAGUGUCUCAUUUGCAACAAACAAAUGAUGAGCAGGAAAAAGUCAUUGUUGACUUAAAACAGAGCAAGUUGAAAUUGGAAGAGAUAACCCAUAUUAAUCGUCAAAUGCAAGAAGAAUUAGCAAAAAUAAAAGACAGUGAAUUGUUGUAUUUAAAAACACAAGAAGAAUUAGAACAAGAGAAGUCACUGAGAUUGAAACUGGAAGAAGAAAAGGAAAAGUUGUUUGCCGAACUUACAAAAUUGGAAAGUUCUGAGGAGUACUCUCAUAAACAGAGUAUUGAACUUCAAAAAGAACAGAAUAUUAGGUCUCAGCUCCAAGAAGAAAAUGUUCGUCUACAGGAAACAAUAGCUUCACUUCAGGAUGUUGAUAAAGAACAUGUCAAGUUGUUGGAUACUCUUCAAACUGAGUGUAUGAUGAAGAAACAACUAGAAGAGUCAUUAAAUGUAAUGCAUGCUGAAAUCAAGCGCCUUGAGAAGGAAGAAGAAUCAUUAAAAAAGUUAUCAGAACAACAAAAUCAAGAAAGUGAUUUGAAAAUAAGAGAGCUGAAAGCUCUUAACACUUGCUUGACCCAGAAGUGUGUUAAAUUUGAGAAAGAAAUAUUUGAUUUGUCAGAAAGAUCAGAUGGUUUGAAAAUAGAAAAAGACUCUAAAGACCGCAAAUUGUGUGAAAUGAUUUUGGAAAAGUCAGUUUCAGAUAAAGAACUAGAAACUGUAAAACUCGCUAAAGACAGUUUGGAGAAUGAACUAACAGAAUUGAAAUCUAAAAUUUGUGCUGAUAAAGAAACACUACUAUCAGUUUUUGUAGACACCUUCAGUGAAUUCCUGGAAACAAGUCAUGUUGGGCGUAAUGUGACAUUUACUGACCUCCACGAGUAUUUGAGUGAAUUAGCAGGUGUACUCUCAUCUUUAAAAAAAGAAAAUGAGAAGCUCAAAGCUGAAAAUUUGUUUUUGUCUGAAAGUUCUCAACGUUUGGUCUCGGAGGUAAAUGACAAAACUGAUUGUCUCUUAAAGAUGACAUCUCACAUGGAAACACUUCAGGUGGAGAAUCACAGUAUGGAAGACAGGCUGCGGAACUUGACAGAUACAGUCUCUACGGGAAACCAAACUGAUCAACCAGAUGGCCCGGAAAUAACUCAGGAAAGUUAUACAGAGGUCCGUAAAACACUUGAAGAACGUGAAGAUAAAUGUCGGGAGCUGGAAGAAAGUUACCAAAAACUGUUAUCGUCAAGCGAAAAAUCCUUAAACCAUGUCAACGACCAGUUACGAAACCUACACAACGAACGUCAACAAUUGAUUGAAACCGUGCAGACUAAACAUGCGGAAUGUGUCAAGUAUCACACAGAGAUACAGAGACUGUGCACAGAGCUGGCCAAGGCAGAGCAGCAAAGGUUGGCCGUCACUGGGCAGUUGCAGAAACAGCUUGAGGAGAAGGAGGAGCAGUUGGCUGCACUCCAGGCAAGCAGUGAUCGACAGGUGGCAGCCCUGACUGAGCAGACUCACACACUACAGAACCAACUGGACUAUGUGUCUCAGCUGUUGAGGGUCACAGAUCGCCAGGAAGCUGAGGGUCAGCCUGCCUCGGAGUCCCCAUCCGCGAAAACUCAAUCAAACAAGGGUGAAGCGGAUGAAAAUGAUACUAAAAAAUUGGAAGAACUUUAUGAAACUUUACAACAGGAACAGCUUAGAAACAAAUAUCUUCAAGAUGAGGUGUCGGAACAGCAUGAGAAGGAGGCCGGGCUGCUGAGGGAGCUGCAGCGACUGAGAGGUCAUCUGGUAUCAGUUGAGGAGAACUAUACACAGGAGAUGGUGAGAGCUGAGCAGCAAGUACAGGAGCUGAACCAGAGGCUGUCAGUGGCUGAGGAGAGAGCCAAGUCCUCGUCCACGGCUUAUACUUCUGCAAGUAUCCGAGCCAAUCAACAGGUGGAGUCGCUGGGUAGUCAGGUGCGGUUGUUGUCCGAGCAGAAGGAGAAGCUGUCAACUCAGCUGGCAGUGGCCGAGGACAAGUUACACAAGCAGGCAGCCGCACUGACCAACCUGCAGAUUGUUCUGGAGCAGUUCCAGAGAGAUAAAGAACGGGAUGUGGCCAUGGAGAACGAGCGGAUUAGACAGACACUGCAACAAGCCAACAACAGGAACACUGAACUGUCAAAUGAGAUAAAAGCACUGCAGCUACAACUGAAAGAAGCCAAAGAAGGGCUGAGUGCAGCCUCCAGACUCACUGAGCAACUGGACCACAAAUCCAGAGCCAUCACUGAGUUAAAGCAACAAGUAACGGAGAUGACGGAGAAACUCAAGAAGGCAGAGGAGAGAAUUCAAGCUACUAGUGUCAGCGUUGAGGGAAAAGUUGACAGAUGCCUGGUGCGUAACCUGGUGGUGGGCUACCUAUCAGCACCUCCCAGCAGUCGGCAGCAAGCUCUUGGCAUCGUAGCCACGGUGCUGGACUUCACGGCAGAUGACCGUCAGAAGAGUGGUCUUGACCCUAACACCAAGUACAAUGGACUCAAGCAGCAGUCAUUGUCCGAGGCAUUUAUCCAAUUUCUGGAAAACGAAUCCCGACCUCAGCCUCAGCUGAGGUUGCCACUGCAAGACAGUGAGGGAACAUCUAGGAGUCGUAAAACUUCAGUGAAUGAGAUCGGUCUACCUCCAGCCCGGCGCACCAGCGGCUCUGUGCUCAAGGAUGUUCUUAAACAGGAUCUUUGAUUGUCUACUCAUUUAUUCUAUUUAGCUGAAGCAUCUUUGUAUCAUAUUGUAUAAUAUAUUUGAUUAUUGUUGUUCUUAUUAUAAUUAUCACUAAAUAAAACCCAAUUUUUAAAUAAAUAUACUAUUAUGAUUAA